UAUGAUUUUCAGUCAGUAGCCAUUUGUUAUCUUUAGCAUUGCCAAAGUUCCUGUGAAAAACUUAACAAAAUGUUGAAAUCAGCAUCAGGUACACUGGUUAACGUUCUGAAACGAUCCCUGCUUCCCACAACUAGGGUCAGUGCAGUGAUCCCGGCACGACUCUCACAUGGAGGUCCAGUGGAAUCCGACGAAGAAUUCGACUCCAGAUAUGAAGCAUUCUUCAAUAGAAAAGACAUUGAUGGUUGGGAAAUCCGCAAGGGAAUGAAUGACCUCUGCGGUAUGGACUUGGUACCUGACCCACGAAUCAUCAAGGCCGCUCUCCAUGCCUGCAGGCGGGUUAAUGACUAUGCGCUUGCAAUUAGAUUUAUCGAGGCAUGCAAAGACAAAUGUGGCAAUAAAGUUAAUGAAAUUUACCCAUACAUUAUCCAAGAAAUCAAACCUACACUCACAGAGCUCGGCAUUGAAACGCCCGAGGAACUUGGCUAUGACAAACCAGAACUAGCAUUACAGAACGUUUAUGAGAUAUAAGCUUCUCAGAGUGAUAUCAAAUUAUAGAAAUGAUAGAAAAUUUGUAUAAUAGUUUUGUUGUCGACAUUUAUUUUACAUUUAAUAAUGUGAAGCAAUUCAAGUAUUCUUGGUCCACCCAUAAAAAUCGACAUGCUUUUGUCUAAUGUAUAAAAUGUUGGAGGAACAA